AUGCGCUCCAAUUCAAUCGCUAGCCUUCUCACCUACGCCCCUCUUGCUUUGGCAAUCCCAAGCAAGACUAUCAAAGACAGGGCUAGUUGCACCUUCACCUCCACCUCCACCCUAUCCUCCGGGAAAUCAUCCUGCUCCGACAUAAUCCUCAACAGCAUAACCGUCCCCGCGGGCGAAACCCUCGACCUGACGAACCUCAACGACGGAACCAGCGUCACUUUCCAAGGCACGACAACCUUCGAAUACAAAGAAUGGGAAGGACCUCUAAUCAGCAUCUCAGGCGUUAAUAUCGCUGUAACUGGGGCCUCGGGACAUGUCAUCGAUGGUAACGGGGCAAAAUGGUGGGAUGGGAAAGGUGGGAAUGGGGGGAAGACGAAACCUAAGUUCUUCGCUGCGCAUAAAUUGAACUCGUCUACUAUUACUGGGUUGAAUGUUAAGAAUACACCGGUUCAAGGAUUUUCGAUAAAUGCUGCGUAUGGUCUUACGUUGGAUAAAAUUACAAUUGACAACUCGGCUGGGGAUACCGGCGGUGGACAUAACACGGAUGCUUUUGAUGUGGGUGCUUCUGAUGGUGUCAAGAUCCUUAAUGCCAACGUGAAGAAUCAAGACGAUUGUCUCGCCGUUAAUUCCGGGACCAACAUCGAAUUUACCGGUGGUACAUGCUCCGGUGGCCACGGACUGAGUAUCGGAUCCGUUGGCGGACGCGAUGACAACGACGUUAGCAACGUAGUGAUCUCAUCAUCCAGCAUCUCGAAUUCGCAGAACGGUGUGCGGAUCAAGACGGUCUCGGGGGCUACUGGGUCGGUUAAGAAUAUCACAUAUUCGGAUAUCACGUUGAGUAAUAUUACGAAGUAUGGUGUUGUCAUCCAGCAGGACUAUGAGAAUGGUAGUCCGACUGGUACACCCACGAACGGGGUACCUAUUACAGAACUUACCUUGAAUGGUGUGGAGGGCAGUGUUGCGAGUGAUGCUACCGAGGUGUACAUCCUCUGUGGUGAGGGCUCGUGUAGUGAUUGGACAUGGGAGGGUGUGAGUGUGACGGGUGGGGAGGCGAGUGAGGAUUGUUCGAAUGUGCCGACGGGGGCUUCUUGUUAG